CCACAGCACACGUACAAUAUGGAUGAGAAGGGCCUAGCGAUUGGAUUGGUGAAUAGGAGCAAAAGGGUGUUUAGUAAGGCAGCUUGGGAAGCCAGAGGCAAACGCCAAAGCUUGCAGGAUGGCAAUAGAGAGUGGGUAACAAUUCUCGCAGCUAUCUGCGCUGACGGUUCAACGUUGCUGCCAGCCAUCAUAUAUGCAGGCCAGCCAAACAGUCUACAAUCCUCCUGGAUGGAGGACCUGGACGCAGGCAAAGACUCUAUAUACUCUACUGCAACGCCCUCUGGCUGGUCCAACAACGAGGUUGGUCUUGCCUGGCUUGAACAGGUGUUUGAGCGGGAAACUGCGAGUAAAACUCACAGUAGUUGGCGCCUACUCAUACUUGACGGCCACAGCUCUCACAUAACGAUGGCUUUUAUCGACUAUUGUAGUCGCCACAAGAUUCUACUACUUAUCUAUCCACCUUACAGUACCCAGACGUUGCAGCCGCUUGAUGUAGGUUGCUUCUCACCUUUUGGCAACAACUACUCCAAAGAAGUCACUGAACAACUCCACCAGAGCCAGGCCUUGACUGGCAUUAAAAAGCCUAUUAUACUUGACAGGUUUCAGAACAAGCCAAGCGAGCUUCCGCGAACUCCAUCUCUAUUACUUGACGUUAAUAGGGUCGCGAUAGAACAGUUUUGCAAGGCAAUAGUGAAGGACUCUACAAGUUAUGAGGCAAGGAAGCUAGUUCACACGUUCAACUACUUAGCAGCUUGCAACGCCCUUCUAGAGGCUGAGGAAGCUGCUGCAAAGGCUCGCAAAAAGGCAGAGGCAGCUGAGAAGAAGGUUCAAGAUGAGCGGGAGAAGGAGCAGCGGAAGGUGGAACGAGCGAGGGCAAAGGAAGAGAAAGCCCUCAGGAAGGCCGCUGAGAAGGCCGAGAAACAACGAAAAAAACAAGAGAGCAACGCUGCCAAAUCUAUCCAACUAUCCCAAACAGGCAAGCGCAAGGCCUCACAGAAGCCACCUACAGAACCUCUAGCCAAAAAACAGCGUGCGCGUGGCGCUACUCAGGUUGUAGUUGAGGCGUCACCUUCCCUAACACCUCCACCAAUUACUACACGCAGCGGCCGCACCACGCGACCAAAUAGAAAAUGGGAGCAGGACAAGCAUCAUAGGCGUUAGUAGACUGUUACAACAAAAAAAUCUCAAUAUAAUAGCUUUUG